UAUCAAUCCAACCAGUCGACUCGCACAACAACCUAACACUCCAACACACAUACUUGUAAUAGUGAGUGGGCUGGAGCGUCUUUUGUUAUCCCUAAAAAGCCCCAUUCUAAGUCUCCCACCCACUCCUCCCUACCUCCUCCCUUUCUCUCCCUACGUUUUCCCGGAAAGAAAAACUCUCCUCUCUCCCCUUGUAAAUGGCUCCUUUCGGGUUUCCUUCAAGUCAAUCACUAUCACAACGCAACCCGCGCAACAUGCAAUACGAUCAACAGGAAGAGGAACAACGUUUACUGAGCCAAGGCGGUCAUUAUGAUAAUGACCAGGAACAGCCGAGACGGGAUUCACAUGUCAGUCGACGAAAAGGUUUUUGGGAUGUCGAAGAAGAUUUCGAUUCCGAAGAAGAAUGCUACGACGACGAAGAUCACGAAGCUCGGAUACAACGGCUCAAAAACAAUCGGUGGUAUAUAUGGCGAUACGUUGCAGUUGCCGCUGCCGUUGGGUUUUCGUUCAUCAUAUUUAAACUAGUAUUGAUGAUGUAUGCGCACAGCAAAGAAAUGCACAAUAUGCAUGCUCCAGCACAACGACUCUACAAUAACGGCACACACCAGUUUGCUCCGACAGUCGUUUAUAUCUCGCUUGAUGGGUUUCGAAAUGAUUAUCUAGAACGCGGCGUUACCCCGAACUUGGCAAAGUUUGCUUCGGAAGGUGUGAGCGCUGAAUAUAUGAAUCCUUCAUUCCCGUCUAUUACCUUUCCAAAUCAUUGGACUUUGGCUACCGGUCUCUAUCCAGAGUCGCAUGGUAUCGUAGGUAACGAGUUCUACGAUCCAGCAAUGGGCAAGAUGUUUAUCCACAAGAAGCCGGAGAUCAGUUCACGGUCAGAAUGGUGGUCAGGAGAGCCUAUUUGGGCUACCAGCAGCAGACAAGGACGCAAGUCUGCAGUGAUCAUGUGGCCUGGUUCUCCUGUGCCAAGUACGAUGCCAGAUUACCUUGUCGACUAUGAUCGCGAGGUUACCGCACAACAAAAAAUGGACAUUGCAUUAGAAUGGUUUGAUUUGCCGUUCGAAGAACGUCCGCAGAUGAUAUCAAUCUAUGUACCCCAGGUUGAUCAGAAGGGACAUGGAGGUGGCCCUGAAGGCAAACAGUUGAAUAGUGUGUUAAGCAAAAUGGAUGAUGCAGUUGGGCAUCUACUGCAAGGACUUGAAGCACGCAAUUUACAUGAGCAUGUUCACGUCGUAAUUGUAAGCGAUCAUGGCAUGGCACAAACAGACAAGUCGCGAUUGAUAUUGUACGAGGACAUACUAUCCAAAGAAUCAUUGUCAUUCCUGCGCGUGCGUGAGGCAUGGCCAUUAUUAAGCCUCCGACCAAAAGAUGAUGCGCCGGAGGGAAGCGUGCAACAAAUCUACGAGGAACUCUACAAUUAUACCCAACAAAAACAGCAAGUAGAGGAUGGCGCACAUUUCCAGGUCUACCUGCGUGAAAAUGUACCUGAAAGGUUCCAUUACAGUGAAAACGACAGAAUUGCUCCUAUCGUGACGAUUCCUGACGUAGGAUAUGCCAUCAUUUCACACAGUGACUAUGACAUUCAUUCCGGAAAAGACUAUCGUCCACGCGGGAUCCACGGCUAUGACAAUAUGGCGCCAGAAAUGCGUGCCAUUUUCAUGGCUAAAGGACCCAGGGUCGAACAAUUGUAUCCACAGCCUGGAACCGUCGUUGCACCCUUCUUUAAUGUAGAAGUGUAUGGUUUUUUGACACAACUGCUGCAUUUGAAUGAGGCGCCAAAUAAUGGUACCUUGCAUGGCAUGUUUGUGCAAAAAUAAUGAUCACAAUAAAACAGAUAUAGAAAAAUGAUGCACGUGAUCAAACACAUAUUACAUACAUAUAACAUUACUGUGCAGAACUUAAAGAAUGGCAACAUAAGUGGGC